GAUUUUCGCCCAGCGCCAUUUUCUUUUUAGUUUCUCUUGACCGCCGGGAACGAGGAGGGUCUUCGCGUUUGUCUUAUGUGUGGAAUUAUUAAAUCGUCGUGAUUCUCUUCUUUUUUAUUUAAUUUUCGAUUGCGUUGUUGCAAGUGAGCCACAAUGGUGAACAACCGAGUCCCCUCAGUAUUGAGUAAGACCUACUCUACGCCUCGGCGACCAUACGAAAAGCCUCGAUUGGAUGCUGAGUUGAAAGUUAUCGGUGAAUAUGGACUCAGGAACAAGCGUGAAGUCUGGAGAGUAAAAUUCGCUCUGGCCAAAAUCCGUAAAGCAGCCCGAACUCUUCUUACCUUGGAAGAAAAAGACCCCAAGAGGUUGUUCGAAGGUAAUGCUCUUCUACGUAGGUUAGUACGCAUUGGUGUGUUAGACGAAAGCAAAAUGAAGCUCGAUUACGUAUUGGGUCUGAAGAUCGAAGAUUUCUUAGAGCGCAGAUUGCAAACCCAGGUUUUCAAAUUAGGAUUAGCCAAGUCUAUUCAUCAUGCCCGAGUUCUCAUCCUUCAAAGGCAUAUUUUGCUACCCUCAAGGUGACAUUGCAAAGAUCCUUACAUCCAUUGUUCAGUUACCCAAACUGUGGAGCAGUGAAACCCCUCAGAUUCCACGAAUAAUCCCAGAGGAGCUAAUUUUGCCCUUCUUGCCACUUCAAAGAUGGAAGCUUUUCCUCUUAGAAUGUUGGAAUUAAGUGGCUAAAUCUAUUUCCUCAUUAGCCUUUCAGGCCACUUAGGAGUCUAAGGUAUACCCUUGGCUCCUAACGUCUGAUAUCACCUGAUUGUGAUCGGCAAGAUCUAGCCUCUCAGGCCACUUAAGAGUCUAAGGUCUACCCUUGGCUCCUAACGUCUGAGCUAUCCCUUGUGAUGGAAAA